CCUUGAUCGAACCCAGUUGUUGCUUCAAGAUUCCUGGUUUUAGACUCUUGAUAAAUCUCAGUCACAUAGAAGCAUUCAGAUUUUAUGCUCUCUGUUUGUGGGUAUUUUCAUUAUUUUUGGCUUCAAGUUUGGACAGCAACUGCCCCACCAAUAAAUACAGUGACGAAGUGUCCAUGAACACUCAUUCAAAUUUGCUCGGCGAGGAAUCAAAGUCUCAGUGCAAAGAAAGUUGACUCUCAAUCAGGGUGUGUGACCCAAUUGAGGUGUAAGAUAAACAUGACUGAAACAAAUUUUUCGGUGAAAUAUCAUCUGGACACUAAAGCACUUUGGACAAAUAUUUUAUCUACUCUGACUCUCAUAUUUUGACAAACAUUUUUGUGGAGUCACUGAAUUAUUCGAUAUGAGGAGUUUUCACUGAAGCAACCUCUUUGGAAGAUGAUUGUAUGAGUGUUCAAACAAGCCACUGAAUAUCUCCGCAAAGUAUGACUCGAUAUCUGUGAAUUUCAAUGGAAAAUAGUCGAUUAG